AUGAAAUCGGAGACCAAGUCCGUCAGCGACUUUCACACGCGAGAUGCCGCUGAAAAGAGGCCAGUCACUGGUCCCUCGCCCAACGAGUCCAUCGCCCUCGCUUAUGAUUACCCCGAUACACCAGAGCAAGACACUGGCGGUGCUGCGGUCAAGGGAAUGAGCAAUCUUCGAUGGUUCAGCGUAUGUGUUGGGCUGUACCUGACCGCGUUCCUGUAUGGGCUGGACUCCACGGUUUCUGCUGAUGUGCAAGGACCCAUUCUGGCUUCUCUUGGUGAUCUUCACCUGCUACCAUGGGUCGGUACUGGAUUUCUGCUCGGCUCGGUGGCCACCGUCUCGCUGUUCGGCUCGCUUUACACCAAGAUAGAGGUCAAAUGGUUGUACCUCAGCAGCAUUCUCACCUUUGAGGUCGGCAGUGCAAUUUGUGGUGCAGCUCCAAACAUGCAAGCCAUGACUGUCGGUCGAGUCGUGGCAGGAAUAGGUGGUUCAGGUGUCUAUCUUGGAGGCAUAAGCUACAUCUCCUUCUUUGUGACGGCAGCCAAACGGCCACUCUACACUGCCUUGAUCAGCACGUUCUGGGGUCUAGGCGCCGUCCUCGGACCUGUCAUCGGUGGCGCAUUUGCACAGAGUAAAGCAACUUGGCGUUGGGCCUUUUAUAUCAACCUCGUCCUCGGAGGAGUUACUGCCCCAAUCUACAUCUUCUGGCUUCCGCGCCAUGGCGCACAUCGACACGAAAAAAUCCUUCCCCGGAUCAAGAAUCUAGACUGGCUUGGCGCAUUACUCAACGCCGCAACGUACGCUCUUUUCAUUAUUUCGUGCACAUACAGCGGCACUACGUGGCCGUGGAACUCGGGUUCAGUCAUCGCCCUUUGGGUCAUGACUGGGGUCACCACCAUUCUUUAUGCGCUUCAACAAUGGACCGCAUUCUUGACGACCAAAGAAGAUCGACUCUAUCCAGUCUGGUGCCUCAAAAGUCGGUCAUUGGUUCUAUUGUACAUUGGUACUGCCGGCAGCGCCGCCGUCUUGAACUGUAACAUCUACUACAUUCCGCUCUUUUUCGAAUUCACAAAGGGAGAUGGCGCUAUCUCGGUCGCGGCUCGGCUGCUACCCUUCAUACUCCUCAUGAUAUUUAGUGCCCUUCUAUGUGGAGCUCUUUUCCCAAGACUCAAUGUUUAUGCCCCUUGGUACCUCAUCUCCGGCAUAAUAGCCUUGGUCGGGAGUGUGCUCUUGUUCCUCAUCUCUACUGCCACACCUUUGAAGAACAUCUAUGGGUUUGAGGUCUUGGUUGGCGCUGGCUGUGGUUUGACUUUCCAAGCUGCUUACUCGAUCGCUCUUAGCAAAUCUCCGGCUGAUAAGGCAACAUCAGUCAUCAGCUUCAUCAACGUGGCACAACUAGGUGGAGGAGCCUUGUCACUGGCGAUAGCAGGGUCAGUUUUUCAGAAUGUUGGCUUCAACACCUUGCAAAGGGCCCUCAGUGGCAGAGGGUACUCCACUGGUGAGAUUCGUGAAGCCCUUGCCGGUGGAUACUCGGCCAUCCUAACCGACGGCACUCCCGAGGUGCGUGCCAUCGCGUCGGAUGCUAUUGGAAGCACCAUUGCCAAGGUAUUUGGCAUAUCAGUCGCAGGAGCUGCGACGGUGCUGCUGGCAGGACUUUUGAUGCGGUGGGAGAGGGUGAAAAUGACCUAA